UGAAGUAUCUGUAAUUUGCUAGCUAGCGAGCUAGCUAAUGUAGCUACCAAGCGAUGGUACCAUGCCUGAUGAGGAUGUGUUUUAGCAUCAGCCGGGAGCAAAGAUAAAGCAAAUUAUUUUAAGCAGUCAGCUAACGAAGCGAAAGUACAUAAGUUUUAGUCAUGGCGAUACGCAGAUGAAACAUAAAGAAAAUUCAAUGAUAGGAGCUAAAUAACUGCGCAUUCCAAAUCCAGAUCUCCAAGGCCGAAUCCAUGCUAUCUGAUGAACUAGACUCAAAGCCUGAGCUGCUGGUUGAGUUUGUUCAGAAGGCCUCGAUCCCCCUGGGUCAGGGACUGGAGGAGAGUGACCCCAAAGAGACCUGCCUACCUCUCCUUCCAACUACAGAGAGCCCCCUAUGUAGCCAGCUGCAGCUUACAGACAACAGCCUGAGCCAUGCUGGCUCCCCCUCUCUGUCGGAGUACGAGGGCGAGAGGGAGCAGCUGGUGGUGCAGCUCCAGUCCCACCGGGGUGUGGCCCUCUCUGCCAGCCCCAGCCCCCCUCCCAUCCUGCACGACCUGCAGCAGUCCGACAGCACGUCCUUCAUCCUGCUCAACCUGGCCAAAGGGCUGGCAGCUUCAACAGAACCGCUGGUGUUUGUCCAGGAUGAGGCGGACCAGGAAGUGUCUGCGGGCGAGAGCGGGGAUGGCAGUACGCCCUGGUACCUGCGGGUGCAGGAGUUGGCCCACGACAGCCUGAUUGCUGCCACUCGGGCCCAGCUGGCCAAGGAUGCCAAGGCCAGCAACAGCAGCGAGCACCUGCACAGCUACCCAUCUGAGGGACCAAAGAAGGAGUUGCCCCUAGACGACCGCCCGCCUGUGGAGAAGACCCUCAGGUGCACUUUCGAGGGCUGCCGAAGGACCUUCACCUGGCCAGCUCACCUCAAGUACCACCUCAAAACACACAAGAAUGACCGCACGUUCCGGUGCUGCGCCGAGGGCUGCGGGAAGAGCUUCUACGUGCUGCAGAGGCUGCAGGUGCACAUGAGGACGCACAACGGCGAGAAGCCCUUCGUCUGUGGCGAGAAGGGCUGCGGCAAGAAGUUCACCACCGCCGGGAACCUCAAGAACCACAAGCGAACGCACACGGGGGAGAAGCCCUUCCUGUGUGAGGCGGACGGUUGCGGCCGCUCCUUCACCGAGUACUCCAGCCUGCGGAAGCACAUGCUCGUUCACUCAGGAGAGAAGCCCCACCAGUGCAGCAUCUGCGGGAAGACCUUCUCCCAGAGCGGCAGCAGGAACGUCCACAUGAGGAAGAGGCACAGCAACGCGGCGCACGGCAACCAGGCCAGGGACACCGGAGAGGCGUUGACGCACAGCAGCCUGCUCGAGGACCGCGGGGUGGCGGGUGACAGCAUGGUCACCAUGACGACUGCGCUGGAGCCCAUGAACCUUCACCACGCGAUGCUGAGAGCACAAGGAGACACUUUGGAAGGAAGCAGUCCCUCUGCCUCCAUGGUGGUCCUCUCACAGCCACAUGACCUGGUCACCAUGGCGACAGGAGGGCAUGGUUAUGGAGAGGAGGUGGUUGCUCUGCUGCAGUAGGGGGUUUAUAUCUGAGCUGUUCUGGCACCGGAUAAAAAUCAUUCAUUUAGUGGUAGUUGUUUUGCAGUUUUAUUAUAGUGUUUUAUUUUCAGUUUCCAC